CCUCUCAUUGUUUGGGUCACUAUCACCUUCUCUCAGUUAAUUCCCCGAGGACCUUACUUGUGAUUAUAAUGAUAAUGUCGCCGACCGCUCGCUUCUCCGUUGUCGCCUCUUUACUCUCGUAUACUAUCGCCUUCCCUCUGACCCCUCGACAACCGAGUGCAUCCAGCUCCUCUGCACUACCAUCAAACUGCACAGCGCCCUCAAUAACCUUUGGAUCCUGCCCCGAAGAAGCUCCUUCACAGCUAGAAUGCGCUACUUACUCAGUGCCUAUAAAUUGGGACGAGCCGGAAGGUGAAAAGUUUGAUCUGGGUCUCGUAAGAUUACCAGCGAACGUAAACAGCACAAAGAAGAUUGGCUCGCUAUUUAUCAACCCAGGCGGACCUGGUGGUGCAGCAUCCGACUUAAUCGCUUCUUUGAUCUUGGGUGCGCUUCCCAUUCCAGAAGGCCUGAAUGAUGCCUUUGAUCUGAUUGGAUUGGAUCCUCGUGGUGUCGGCUUAAGCAACGCUGUUCAGUGCGAUCAAAAGAUUUGGGCUGAGAGGGUAUCGUGGUUUCCGAAAACCCAGGAAGACUAUGAUACGCUUGUCGACAAGAACAAGCGCUACGGAGAGUCGUGCCGUAACAAGACCGGCCCGCUACUGGAACAUUUAGACACUAUCAGUGUCGCGAAGGACCACGAGGCAGUGCGCAUCGCGCUUGGCAACGAGCCUCUUAAUAUGGUUGGCCUGUCAUAUGGUUCACAGCUUGGCGCUCAAUACGCACAGCUUUUCCCUGACAACAUCCGUACCUUGGUCCUUGACGGCAUGCUGCAACACUCACAAGCGGCUGCUUCGAAUGUACUCAUCGAAUCUCUUGGUUACAGUAUUGGCCUACAGCAUUUCUUCGAAUGGGCGUCGGAAGAGGUCACUUCUCCUCUCAAGGGCGAAGACGUCGCAGCUCUCUGUAGUGAACUCCUCAAGAACGCCUCCACAACCUCAAUACCCGCGCCUGCUUGCGAUGGGACCAGCUGUCGGACAGACGUGAACGCGGAAGAGCUCUUGUUCAACGCACAAGAGGCUUUGACCUUCAAGGACCCCAGAGUAACUGGAGGCCUCAGUACCUGGGGCGAUCUUGCGUCGGCGAUAUAUAAUGCUACCCAUGGCGACGCCUCCGCUUUGUCCACACGCUUCGACGAGGCAGCUGCAGGAACUGCUAUCUACUGUCUUGACCUUGACCACGAUCCUGCGGUAUACGAUUUCAACUACAUGCAAACGACGCAGCACAUGUUCAGUACAUUCCACCCUCUCAGCCAAGGCACUGGCCAGUCUACCUCCCUUUUGCAUAGCUGUGUUGGCUGGCCAUACGCGACGCGCAACCCCCCAAAAAAGCUUCACGUCGACACCGAGGCAACUAUUUUGAUGGUCAACAGCGACGCUGAUCCAAGUACGGCUUACCCGUGGGCGGUUGGCAUGCUUGAAGAGAUCAAGAACAAGGUGUUUGUUACGAGGCACGGUGAUGGGCACACAAGUUUCUUUACAGGUGGAGAGACGGCGUCGACAAUUGUUAGGUACCUACUCGGUGAAGCGCCUGUGAACGGGUUGGUGCUAGACUCAUAAGCGGAAGAGACGUCAAAGCAAUUCCUGGGUUGCCGUAGAGCAUUUUCCACAACACUAAUACAUCGUAAAAACCUCGCUUUUUACUUUCACGUCCCCAA